AUGUCCACCAUUCCGCGCUUUCUUAAUGCCUCGCUCGAGGAGGUCGACCCCGAGCUGGCUGCGCUCGUCGAGGCGGAGGCUGUUCGUCAGUGGCGUGGCCUCGAGCUCAUCGCAUCUGAGAACUUUACCUCCAAGGCCGUGUUUGACUCGCUUGGCUCGUGCCUGACCAACAAGUACUCGGAGGGAUAUCCCUCGAAGCGGUACUACGGUGGCAACGAGGUCAUCGAUCAGGUCGAGGAGCUGGCACAAGCUCGGGCCCUUGCUGCAUUUGGCCUCGAUCCCGAGGAGUGGGGCGUCAACGUGCAGGCGUACUCGGGCUCGCCGGCAAACCUUGCUGUGCAGACCGCGCUCCUCGAGCCGCACGACCGCCUCAUGGGCCUGGAUCUGCCGUCGGGCGGGCAUCUGACCCACGGAUUUCGCACUGUCAACAAGAAGAUCUCGGCCUCGGCCAUCUACUUUGAGUCGCUGCCGUACCGCAUCAACCCGGAGACCGGGCUUGUCAACUACGACGAGGUCGACGAGCUCUCGGCCAACUUUAUGCCCAAGCUCCUCAUCGCUGGCGGCUCGGCCGUCCCGCGCGACUGGGACUACGCCCGCAUGCGCGCCGCCGCCGACAAGGUCAAGGCCUACCUCAUGACCGACAUGGCCCACUAUGCCGGCCUCGUCGCCGCGGGCGUCCUUGCCUCACCAUUUGAGCACUCGCACGUGGUGACGACCACAACCCACAAGUCGCUCCGUGGCCCGCGCGCUGCCCUCAUCUUCUACCGCAAGCGCCCGCGGACCCUGGCCGAUGGCUCGCUCGAAGUCGACCCGCGCUCGGUCGGCCUCGAGGCCAAGAUCAACUUUGCCGUGUUCCCGGCCCUCCAGGGCGGCCCGCACAACAACGCCAUCGGCGCUGUCGCCACCGCUCUCAAGCAGGCCGCCUCGGACGAGUUCAAGGCCUACGGCGUCCAGGUCCAGAAGAACGCUUCUGCCCUUGGCGCCGCCCUCGUUUCCCGCGGCCACACCCUCGUCACCGGCGGGACAGACACCCAUCUCGUCCUCUGGGACGUCCGCCCGCACGGCCUCACCGGCUCCAAGCUCGAGAAGCUCUUCGAGGCCGCUUCCAUCACCACCAACAAGAAUUCCAUCUACGGUGACAAGUCUGCCGUCAACCCCGGCGGCAUCCGCCUUGGCACCCCCGCCCUCACCUCGCGCGGCAUGACUGAGGUCCACAUGGAGGCCAUCGCUGGCUUCCUUGACCGCGGCGUCGCCAUCGCCCUCGACAUCCAGGCCAAGUCGGGCAAGAAGCUCGUCGACUUUGUCGCCGCCAUCCAAUCUUCGGAUGCCGUCGUUGCCCUCAAGGCUGACGUCGAGGCUCUCGCCACUCAGUUCCCCAUGCCUGGCUUUGAGACCGCCGAUAUGACCCUCGACGCCCCGGCGGCUGCCUCGGAGUAA